UGGUAAAGAAAGAGAAGAAAAUGAAAGGAAAAGGAUCUUAAACAAAAUAUCCCAUAGCUCCCCAUAGCCCCACACAACACAACACAACACUACAUAGCUGAACUCAAUUCAGCUCAAGUUUCCUCCAUCAGCAACUACUGAUCAGAAUCAGAAUAAGAAUUCAGUUCCAAUCAUCAUCAUGAACUGUCUUCAGAAUCUUUCAAGAUCCUCUGUUUUACCAUUCCAUACACUCGUUGCUCCUCCUGCUCGCAAUCACCAAAACACUUGUUCUUUAUCCAUGCUAUUCAUCCGUAAAUCUCAUCACAAUCGAACCAUGAUACUCAAGGCUACUUCCGGUUCUAUACCCAGUGCAGAGACAAGCAGCUCUGAUGUCGAGGAGGAGGUAAAGUCUGAGACAUACAGUAAUAACAUGACAGAAGCCAUGGGUGCUGUUUUGACUUAUAGGCACGAAUUAGGAAUGAACUACAACUUCAUCAGACCAGACUUGAUUGUUGGAUCAUGCUUGCAGACUCCUGAAGAUGUUGAUAAGCUGCGUAAAAUUGGAGUGAAAACUAUAUUUUGCUUGCAACAAAAUCCUGACCUAGAAUAUUUUGGAGUUGACAUCAAUGCCAUACGAGAUUAUGCCAAGACAUUUGAUGACAUCCAACACCUGCGUGCUGAGAUAAGGGACUUUGAUUCAUUUGAUUUACGGAAGCGGCUUCCAGCUGUAAUUAGCAAAUUAUACAAGGCAAUCAAAUCCAAUGGGGGUGUGACAUAUAUACACUGUACUGCUGGACUUGGAAGAGCUCCAGCUGUUGCGUUGGCUUAUAUGUUUUGGGUUCUGGGUUAUAAACUCAAUGAUGCUAAUGCACUACUUCUGAGCAAAAGGUCAUGCUUUCCGAAACUGGAUGCCAUCAAAAGUGCUACAGCCGAUAUUCUUACAGGCCUUAGUAAGAAGCCUGUCACUUUGUCGUGGGGACACAACAAUUGCUCUACAGUGGAAAUUUCAGGACUUGAUAUUGGAUGGGGGCAGAGAGUGCCCUUAGAUUUUGACGACAAACGGGGUUCAUGGUUUCUCGAGAAGGAAAUGUUUGAAGGGCGCUACGAGUACAAGUACAUUGUUGAUGGGGAAUGGACGUGCAAUAACGAUGAGCUUGUAUUAUCUCCCAACAAAGACGGUCAUGUCAACAAUUUUAUCGAAGUUAUUGAUGAUGCGGACGGUGACCGUGCCUCCCUUCGGGGUAGAGUGACUGGUGAUGAUCCUGAUCUCACAAAGGAUGAACGAAUCAAAAUAAUAGAGUUUCUGGAAGCCUUUCCCGAUGAGGAUCUCUGAACCGUCAAUGCACCUGCUUGUUGACAUGUAAAUUAGUUGAUGCACGUAUAUAAUGUACUUUGUCUAAUAAAGGAUUGAAUCUGAACCUUACUUACAAUCUCUGUUGCAGUUAAUGUAAUUUUAGGAUGCAAAACUUCCAAUAAUCUGUAGCAUUCUUAAGUAGUACAAUACAUCCAAUAAACAAUGACAUUGUACACAGAUAAAUAUGAGAUAAAGAAUUAUAUAUUCUUCUUGA